AUUCAUCAUUGUACGAAGGACAACUCCUCUCUGAUUGUGCGUAUUUUUACACCACCCCACGACUCCUCUGCUUCUCUCUCUCUCUCUCUCUCUCUCUCCUCCCACAUCUUUCUUGCGUUCUCUCUCAACGCCGGCUACUGUUUUCUCUGAUUCCGGCGACUAAUCAGGCUGAUCUACCACGGCCCACUAAUUAUUUCCACGACCCUCUUCAUUUAUUGGCUUGAAAACUCCGGAAAGUUCGAGAUUAGCCCUGAAAUUGUUGAAGAUCGAAGUACUUUUGUUUAUUACUCUGUAAUGUGUUUGUAAUUGCACUGGGGAAAGAAUGUUGCUUUAAAUCUUUAAAAAGGUUGCUCAUUUGCGCGUUUAGAUUUGAGAUUUGAUUCCAUUAUUUGCUACAGUAAAUCCAUCCCCACAAUAACGAAGGAAUAUAUUUUGCGAUCGUAUAUAUGAUCUAGAAAACGACGCAGUUUCAAGCACAAUUGGAGAAUUGAAAGUGUAUGGAAUUGAUAGGUGUAGAGUAGAGAGUAAUAAGACGAGCAAAAACUGGGCAAUGGGAUUGAAAGCGGCGACGUUUGGUGGAGAUAGAUUGGAGAAGUUGAGGAAUAGUGGAAUGGUAUCAAGGUCAAGAAUGAAGCUGUGGAUGAUACGGGCUACGACGUCGGUUUUGCUAUGGACUUGCUUGGUUCAGUUGACAGCACUGGGUGAAACUUGGGGGCCUCGAGUGUUAAAGGGAUGGCCCUCUUGCUUUUCACAAGAAUCGGCAACGGCCGGCAGGGUUGGCGAUGUGGCUACCGCCUUGGAUGUUAGAUCCUUGCCGGAGCUGCCGCCUAGAGUUUUGCCUCCAAAGAGAGUUUACAAGAACAACGGCUAUCUGAUGGUUUCAUGCAAUGGAGGGCUCAACCAAAUGAGGGCAGCGAUAUGUGACAUGGUUGCAAUUGCUAGACAUUUAAAUGUUACAUUGAUAGUUCCUGAACUGGAUAAGGCUUCAUUUUGGAACGAUCCGAGUGAGUUCCAAGAUAUAUUUGAUGUUGAUCAUUUCAUUACUUCCUUGAGAGACGAAGUGCGAAUAUUAAAGGAGCUACCUCCAAGGGUCAAGAGGAGAGUCGAGCUAGGAAUGAUCUAUACUAUGGCCCCUAUUAGUUGGUCCGACAUUUCUUACUACCAGAAUCAGAUUCUUCCCUUAAUUCAGAAAUAUAAAGUUGUACAUUUGAACAGAACUGAUGCUCGUCUUGCCAAUAAUGCUCUACCCAUGGAGAUUCAGAAGCUCCGUUGCCGAGUAAACUUUGGUGCUUUGAGAUUCACUCCUCAAAUAGAAGAAUUGGGGAGAAAAGUCAUCAAAAUACUUAGGCAAAAUGGUACAUUCAUAGUACUUCAUCUCAGAUACGAAAUGGACAUGUUAGCCUUUUCUGGCUGUACUCAGGGCUUCAACAAGGAGGAGGUUGAAGAACUAACAAGAAUGAGAUAUGCAUAUCCCUGGUGGAAAGAGAAGAUCAUAAAUUCUGAUUUGAAAAGAAAAGACGGUCUAUGUCCUUUGACACCUGAGGAAACUGCUCUCACAUUAAGGGCAUUAGACAUUGAUCAUAAUAUCCAGGUUUACAUUGCCGCUGGAGAAAUAUAUGGCGGAAAAAGAAGAAUGGCAAGUCUUAGAGCAGCCUAUCCAAAUGUGGUCAGGAAGGAGACGCUAUUGGAACCUUCAGACCUUAGAUUUUUUCAGAAUCACUCGUCUCAAAUGGCGGCGCUCGAUUAUCUCGUUUCAUUGGAGAGCGAUAUCUUUGUUCCUACGUACGAUGGGAAUAUGGCUAAAGUUGUUGAAGGUCAUCGCAGAUAUCUUGGAUACAAGAAAACAAUUUUGUUGGACAGAAGGCUUCUAGUUAAUUUAGUAGACCAACAUAAUUCUGGUUCGCUUACUUGGAAUGAGUUCUCUACUGCUGUUAAGGAGGCUCAUGCGGAAUGCUGCAUGGGAAACCCAACCAAAAGGCCGGUUAUUCCUGACAGACCUAAAGAAGAAGAUUAUUUUUAUUCCAAUCCAUGGGAGUGUUUGAAACCAUUGGAUGAAGGCUAAUCAGUAAGUAGUAAAUGAAACUCGUUGCCCGUAGAUUACUUAUAUAUUAUAUGCAGUGUCAUGUAAAGGAGCUGUCCUCGACUCAAUCAUGGCGAGUAAAGGAGGAUUUUGUUUCUAAGAGGCAAUGGUGAAGAAUAGACAAGGUGGUCCACUUUAAGGAAACUGAAGAGAAUAAGAAGCCACCUGAGAACAUUUAUGAUUUUACAUAUAGGUUACCAGUUCAGUUCUUGUAUAGAAGCUGCCCUUCCGUCAAAGGAUUACAUCGACUCAUCCGAGUGUAUACAUAGGGAACGAUGGAUUUACGUAGAUUAAGCUUAUGUCCUCUUCUUUCUUUUCUUUUCUUUUUUUUUUUUUCUUUUUCCCGUAUUUCAUUUAUUGAUUUUUGGAUUGUUCCCUAGUUCAUGAAUAUAAACAUACAUUUUUUUUUUCCAUUUUUUCCCCUAAACAGUUGUUGUACAAUAUGAUUUGAUGAUGGAUGAUAUAAAUUUUGAUCAUUAGACAGAACAAACAAAUGUAAUGUAUAAAGAAUGUUGGUAGUGUUUUUGGUGGA